CCGCACUGUCGUCUGCAACCGAAUAUAUUUUUCGCUAUAAUCAUGUGUAGUAAUUAAUAUUUCUAUACGCAUUUAAUUUCUCUCAAUUCUUUUAAAUCUUUUGCGACAAAUAGAUUUCAUAAAACUAAAAGUCAUUUUUAUGCAACUAGAAUUCCAAUUUAGACUCGUAAAUGAAAAAUAAAAUAUUAGUCAAAAUUUAAUAAAUAGUCAAUGGCGAGUUUGACAGAGCCGAGAUUAAUUCACUAUUAAUGUUGAUAUUAUUACAAAUUGCAUUCGAAAAAUAGGAGAAAUUUUUCCCAAAAUUUGAGCUAAACCAUUUACAUUUUCUAGUCAAAACAGAAAAUUGUUCAUUAAAAUGCAAGUAUGACGCUUGUUUUGAAAAUGGUUUGGACAUAACUUUAUGAAACAUUUUCUGUAUUACAAACGGAAAUAAUUUUUUUCUCGAACACAUCGAAUUCUUAUAAAGAAAAGAACCUGAUACGUUUUUGCUGAUACUGUUGACGAUGUUUAAAACUAAAUAAAGUUAUCUGGCAACAUUAAGCCCUUCAAUUAUCACCUGCAUCUCGGAAGCACCCUUUUAAUCAUCUGCACCCUUCUCAAAAACGUCACAAUCUCCAGUACUAAAAGUGCUAAAGAGGUCUGUGCACUGUCACUCGAGUAAGGAUAUCGACCGCACAAGUCGACCCCCUUGUCACACACUCUGUGACCCUUGACCCACCUCUACUUGCUACGCGGUGAACUGAAUCGGGGGUUUCGAAAUCAACAACCGAUCGCUCAACCCCCGUACUCCAAGAGCACUUGUCAGAAACAACACCCACUCACUGUACUUCCGAAAUCGAAUCCCGGGGCUCCGGCAUGGCAUUCAAGGAGCUCAACGGUACUUCUUUUUCCAUCUUCCACAUUUUGAAGCAGAAAUCACAAUUGGCACUGAGGAAUGGUGUGCAAGAUUCGGAACAAAGGACACUCGCUGGACUGUCCGGUAAGACAGUGGAAAAAGAUCCGUUGGAUGCAGGCAUGCAUCGUAAAGCGUUCAUGCAAGGGAUUGUACCAGACUAUGAAGAUGAAUACCAUUCCUCAGAAGAUAAUGAAUCUCUGAGCAAGUAUCAAGUUUGCGAUCUGUCUCCGAGAUCUUACAGAGAGAGGAAAUCUUCCAAAGAAAUUGAAUCUGCACAUGAAAGAAAGAAGGAAGGGAGUAAUCUUCGACGGUAUGAGUUUGGCUACAAGCACAAUCUACAUUUUUCUGAAUCCGAUCUUGAUCAACAAGAACCAGGUGAUUCAGUGACUACAACUACCGUGGAAGACACGACAAUAUCUGCCGCCUCCAAAUCCACCAACGACGGCACAACAUAUGGCCGAUCAACAUCGUCACCAAAGCCGCGGAAGAAACGGUCCAGAGCGGCGUUUUCCCAUGCACAGGUGUUCGAAUUAGAACGCAGAUUUAGUUGUCAGCGCUACCUGUCGGGCGCAGAAAGAGCUGAUUUGGCCCAGGCACUGAAGCUGACAGAAACACAAGUCAAAAUUUGGUUCCAGAACAGGCGAUACAAGACCAAACGCAGACAAUUGCAGCAAGAAUUAGGUCAUGCUUUGUCUCCAGCAAGGAGAGUAGCAGUUAAAGUUUUAGUCAAAGAUGACCAAAUGAUGUAUCAGCCUGAUGAGAUGUCACCUGCUCGUGCCCCCCUAUUAUACCCUUCUUUUCCAAUGCCCGGUUUUGCCCUGAGUUAUUUGUACUCACCCUGGCUUUUUGGUUGCGGGCAAGGGACCUUGCCUCAUCCUCCCCCGCAUCCAAUGUAAAAUCAAAAUAUUUCUUUAGAAAUAGAAAGCCAAAAGAAAAUUUACUAGUCGUACUUAACAAUUCAAUUGGCAAUAAUCACGAACUUUGUAAAUAUGGUUAUUUUAUGUGCAAUUUUGCUCAAUUGUUGUUUUAUUUCCUAUUGUCUGUUUUAAAUGAAAAUUCCGUUUAAGAUUAAAAUUCAUGCUCGAUUAUUGCUUAUAAAUUAAGAUCAUAGUAUCAGGGAGACUGGAAAGUAAUGUCGUUUCGGAGCAUUAAAU